GGGCGGGGGACGGGGACAGGGGACAAGGGCAGCGCCCCGGGGGAGACCCCGCGGAGGCGGCGGGGCAGGAGCCGCAAGGCUUUGUGGGAGUUGUAGUUCUGCCGGUGUCACGUGGCGGGGGCGGUGUCCAUCUCCCAGCGUGCUCAGCGGCGGAGCGCAGCCGGAGCGGCGGCGGGCCCCCCCCCUCCGGAUGCAGGGUCCCCUCCUGACGGCCACCGUCCGGGGGCUGCGGGCCAUGGCAGAUGGCGGCCCCCUGGCCCGCGCCAUCCGCGCCAAGCUGGAUGCAGCCCUGCAGCCCACCCACCUCCAGGUGCUGGACGAGAGCCCCCGCCACGGUGGCCCCCCCGGGGCCGAAACCCACUUCGCGGUGGUGGUGGUGAGCGGGCACUUCAGCGGGCUGUCCCCCCUGCAGCGGCAUCGCCUGGUCCACGCCGCCCUGCGCACCGAGCUGGCCGGACCCCUGCACGCCCUCGCCAUCGUCGCCAGGACCCCCCAGCAAUGGGAGAGUGACCCCCACGUCCCCCCCCGGCCCCCUUGUUUGGGGGGGUCCAAGCACGAGCGGCACCGGGACGCAGCUGGGGGGGACGGGGAUGCGCCCAGGAAUCAGUGACAGCAGCGCUGGAUGUCCCCUCUGUCACCCCCCCGGUGACACCGUGGCAGGGAUGGAAUCCAAUUCGGGGGGAGAGACAAAAAUACUGGGGUGCCCCCCACCCUGCAUCACCCCCAGACACCCCCUGGGUCCCACCCUGACCCCAUCCUCCCCCCAGUCUCUUCCUGCUACCCCCUUGGAGGGGGAUUUUGGGGGGGGUUGUCCCCCCAUUUAGUUUAAUUUUUAAAUCAAUUCACCAUCUUGGUCGCGUCCCCCCAUCCUGUACCCCAAAAAAAUAAACGCUCCCUCAUGGAG